AUGGUUUCAUUGGCAUCGUCCAUUGUUCGUCGGCUCAAUGGCUUACAACAUAUGACGAAUCGUACAACAGCUAGAAUGAAUUUUUAUCAAAUUUACGGAGCGACCACAAAAUUCAAUUUUCAUUCUACAUCGGUUUUUAAACAAGCUGACUCUAAAACUAAUGCAACAAAACAACAUAGUAACGAAUCGCUUCAUGAAUAUGGAAAACAUCUCUUAUCCAUGCUUCCGAAAUAUAUACAACAAUAUUCGGUUUAUAAGGAUGAGCUAUCACUUCACAUUGCCCCUAGCGCCAUUAUUCCUGUAAUGACAUUUUUACGUGAUCAUACAGGUGCACAAUUUAAACAGGUUAUGGACAUUUGCGGUGUUGACUAUCCUACACGUUCAAAUCGUUUUGAAGUUGUUUAUAAUAUGCUAAGUCUUCGUUAUAACGCAAGAAUUCGGGUGAAAACAUAUGCCGAUGAAGUUACACCUGUCCCUUCUAUUACUCCUCUCUUUAAUGGGGCAAAUUGGUUCGAGAGAGAGGCUUAUGAUAUGUUUGGAAUAUAUUUCACUGAUCAUCCUGAUCUAAGGAGGAUCUUAACGGAUUAUGGGUUUGAAGGUUAUCCUCUAAGAAAAGACUUUCCUUUGACUGGUUACGUUGAAGUUCGUUAUGAUGAGGAAAGAAAACGAGUCGUCGCCGAACCCUUGGAAUUGACACAAGCAUUUAGAAAUUUUGAAGGGAGUGCUUCCCCUUGGGAACAAACAGGUCCUGGUCGUGAUGAUAGACCCGAUUCCUUCAAAGUUGAGAAUCUUUUACCAAAACCACAAGAUUCAGAAAAAAAAUAA